AUGAGUAGUUCGUCUCGGGGGAAGAUGGAGGACUCUUUGUCGGCGAUCAAGUCGGAGUUGGUGUACUUCUUGUCUCGGUUGCAGCAUGGCUCGCUGGAGACCUCGCUGAAGGCGCAGGACCCUGUGUUCGAGGGCAUGGUUCGCGACUUCCAGCGCUUUGACGAGAGCCUCGAGGCUCUCCAGGGCGGAGUCGCGCGCUUCCUCGACGGCGUCGAGCACCUCUGCACAGGUCUGAGCAUCCUGUCCGAGGCCGCGGUCCUCCACCUGACGAAGAAGAGUGACGCAUGCAUCGUCCGAGACGCAUGUCUGUAUCGGGAAGCCGUCCACCGCGUGACUCGCGCAGACGCACCACACGCAGCCUACGCGAAGCUGAAGCGCGACCUCCAGUUCAACGUCACUGAGCCGCUGCGCAGACACCGUGAGCACAACGCGAAGCUUCUGCAGGACAUCCAGACGCGAAAUCGACGCCUCGCGGAGUGGAUUCUCGCCCAGAAGAAACUCGAACAUCUGCAGAAAGCUGCGGGAUCUCGGAAGUUCGAGACAGCCUCUGCAGGCCGCGAGGGAGAACCGGAGGAAGAGAGACCCCUAGGCGGAGGCGGCGGCGCGCGGGUGCGUGAGAAGGACAUACUUUUCGCGGAGGCUGCUGUCGAGACAGCGAGGCUCCGCUUCAAGGAGGUCGACGACGUCCUCUUCGAAUGGCUUCAGAUGCUCGAGGCGUACAAAUGUGACAUCUUCGACAGCGCGCUGCAAACGCUCAAGUACCUCCAGUACGAAUUCUUCGCCAGCAGUGCUCACGUCGUCGCCAGGGUCCUGCCCAGCCGCAUGGAGUUCAGACCGAUGGUCGAGAUGACUCCUCAACUCCUCCUUCCCCAGGUGGAACUGGAGUUGGCGGAGCGCGCCGCAGCUGAAGAGGAGAGCGGCUCCGCGCAGGGGAAGUUGACGGGGCUGACGGCGACGGAGCGGCUGGUGGAGAAAUGGGGACGGGAGGCUUCUCUCUGCACGCUCGUCGCAGACGCGUCGACGGGGGCGCCGCCAGUGCUCCUUUUGCAGAGGCCGGAGGCGGACGAGGAGGAGAGCGAAGUGACGGUGGACAUUCUGUCGCUCGCCGUGUUGACGGCGCAAGGCUUCGAAGAAGGCUUCGCGAAGCGCGCUCUGCAGAUGCACGGCAACGAUACACAGGCCGCCAUGGACUGGCUGCUCAACGGCGGCUCUGCGGAGCUGCAGAGACAGCGGGAGCAGCGCGAGAUCGAGCGGCGAGAAGAGAAACGCGAGGAGGCGAGGGCGGGUGCGGAGACGAGAGACGCUCACCCGGGUGAAGAGGAGGGACAGAGUGGAGGCAGCGGAGGCGGUGGAGGCGCGACGCAGGACGGCGCAGGACUGGAGACCGUGCGGCUUCCGACGACACUCAAGUGGGUGGAGAAGCUGAAGGCAGCGAAGCGGAAAGAGCGACAAACAUGGCAGCAGAAGCGCCGCGCAGAGCGCGAGAGCGCCGCAGCAGCUGCAGAGUCGCUUGCGGAGAGAGACGCGGAGCAGGGCGAAGAACCUGCGAAAGACAACGUGAUUGGAGACCACGGAGGAGACGACUUCUUUGUGCAGAGACCCCAGAAAGGAGAGACUCGCGACCGGAGGGACAACAGAGAGAGGAGAGACAGCAGAGAGAGGAGAGACAGCAGAGAGAGGAGAGAGGGCAGAGACGCCGCGGGGAAGACCGGACGCGCGAACGCAGGCGACACGAGAGGCGAGAGGAGGCGCCACAACAAAGCAGAGAGAGAGAACCGACGCAGCGAGAGUGAGAGUGGGGGCGGCAGUGGGAGAGAAGGAAGCGAACGGCGAGGAGGGAGAGAAGCGCGGAGACAGGGAGAGCGAAGGAGACAGAUGAGUUUGUGCAGAGAGGAGGGUGGAACUCAGCAUGGCUCUCAACGAAGAGCAGAAACAAGUCCGGAGUUCCCUUGGGAAGACGCGAAGCGCGACGCAGGCAAAGCCGCCUCCGCGAGUGCGGUGGAACGCGACCUCCUCAGCGACAACCCAGGAAGAGACGCCUCGGACUGGGGGGUGUCUCGACACCGAGAACCUGCAGGCGUCAGAGAGACGCGAGGAAAGACUCGAUCGAGCUCUUCAGACGGCGAAGCAGAUGCUUGCUCGCGCACGACGCGCCGAGACGCCCAAGCAGGGAGAGAGAAGACAGACCGAGAGAGAGAAAAAAGAGACAGAGACUCUCGACGCCACGGUCGUCGCGGAAAGGACGCGAGGAAGCAAAGGGACUUUUCUCAGUCGCUCUCCUCGGAGGAAGAACAUGACUCUUUCCGGAGCAGACACCGCAGUCGGGGAGGCACAGAACGCGACAGGCGAGACAAGCACGAGAGAAGAGAACGACGCGGAAGCAGAGAAAGAAGAGGAAGCAGCGAGAGGAGUCGCUGGAGUGCAGAGCAGAGAGGAGAGCGGAGGUGCGACGACUGGAUCGGAAGUUUCUUGGAUGGCCCGGCAGAGAGAGGCAGCAGGCGCGAGGGCGAGAAGGCGAACGACGGGGGGAGAGACCAGGGGAAGAGACGCGGGAGACGGAGCUCGUCCUCGGAGAUGAGCCAAACGUCGGACUCGGACUGGAGUGAGGAGGAGCGCCGCAGAGAGAGAGGCAGGCGAGAGGCGGGGCAGACGAAGAAGGCGACGUCGAGAGAGCGGCGAGAGAGAAGCGAGAGGUCUGAAGGUAGCCGACAGCCGCUCUCGCCGUUCGCCGACCUCGAGGAAGCAUUCACAUACACCACCCGCGAGACAUGUCCCUGGCGCGGAGACGAGCGGAGAGACAUACAGGAAGAGAGAACUCACUCGGCUGCGCCAGUUCCGCCGCUGCCGGACCUCCUGGGAGAAUUCGACGCGGCGACUCCCGGCGGAGCGAGCUGCAGAGGUGCAGAGCCAGUCCGCGCGCGCGAGAGAGAACGCGAGGCGCAGCGGGAGAAGGGAGGAAGCCGCGGGGAGUUUUCAUCCUCCUCUGGCACGGAGAGUUCGGGGAGCGCGGUGGAGGCGCCAGAGCGGCAGGUGUCGAGCAAAGAUGGCGAGAGGCAGCGGGAACAGACAGAGGGAGAGAAAGAACCGAGAAACGCCGUGCGCGAGGAGAGACAAGAAGGCACAGACGCAGGCGCCCUCGCGGAAUCGAGAACCAUCGCGGACAGAAUGUGUACGUACACCGUCGAUUAUUCUGCGCCGGCGUGCUCCUCUACACCCUGUCCGUUCCCGUGCGUCUCUGCGACGAUGGAAUCUCUCGUUUCUGUGGAGAGGGCGAAGAUUCGUCUCCGCCUGACGGUGCUUUCUGCGUUUCUGUUUUGGGCGGCUCUGGGGCUCGCAGCCUGGUGGUACGUCACGUCCAUUACGCGUUCGCCGAUUCCGGCGCUGUCGUCUUUCCCCACUGCGGAGCGCGUCGCUUCUCAGCUCGCUGAGGGGAGUCAGGGACGCGGAGAAGCUGCGAGACGCAAAGCAGCGACUGCCGCCUACGCGCGCUGGGAGGCGGCGCACACCAAGCGGCGACGGGAAGGAAGGGAGGCGUCCUCAGUUCCACCCUUCUUCGCGCUCCUGCCUCCCCUGGUCACAGGUUUCUCGCUGAAGCUCGUACCGCUCUGCGAAGAGGCGCGUCGAGAUGCGGCCAGCUUCUUCGACUGGCUGCAAGCGAAGGCGGCGUCGCUCCGGAACUCGGGGCUCGUGUCGCUGCCCGCGGAGCCGCGCGUCUACGGCUCGCUGUUCCUGGGGCUGCGCCUGGACGAGGGAGGCGAAGGCGAAGCGGCCCAGACCGCAGAGCCGACGCCGGCGUUUGUCACCGAUCUCAACCUGCUUCUGGCGUCUGCAGAUCCCGCUCCACCUGGCGACCAAGGAGCCACAUCGACUUCUCUCCUGCGGGUUGUCCUCGCUGCUCCGCCUCGGGGGGCCUCCUGCGCCUGUGCGCCUGGAGACCUCGAGCUAGACGAAGCCGAGCUGACGUACACGAUUGCUUUCUCGACUGGUUCGCGAGAGCUAGUCGAACAGACAGGUGACCAUUCCCCAGAGGCCGCAGACUCCUUCUCCGCACACUUCGUGCUCCACUCGGACUCGUCCAUUUCAGUGGCGUCCGUCCACUCGUCUGACGGCGCUUCUUCCUCGUUCAGGGACAAGGCCGGGGUCACUUUCCCAGCGCUCGCGCAGCUUCUGCGUCUCUCCUUCUUCUCUCCCCUGGACGAAGCUGCUUUUCGCUUCCCCUUCUCUUCGCAGUACGACCUAACGUUCUGGCUCGGCGGCGACCCUCUGCCCUCCGCCCCGCAGGGUCAAGAGACCCACGAAGAGUCAGAGGGAGCGCACGCGGCGAGUGGCCGCCGCCUCACCUGGCGCUUCAAAAGGGACGUCUACGACAGUUUCCUUGAGUCCUUCUUUUCUCGCCUCUCUUUCGUCUUCAACUUCCUGCACAUGCAGUCCCAGGUGGUGCCUCACAGCAGCAUCGCGUCGCUUCUGAAGCGGCCGGAGACGCCUGCCUCGCCCUGGCUCCUGGAUCUCGCGUCCCAACACAAACUGCAUGCAGUAGCGAGCAACUGGCAGCCUGAGCAGAUCAUCACGACACCGACGCAUGCGCCUGCGCCGGCGAUCAACUUUGCGGUGUAUCGUUCUCCGGUGCCUCUAGUCCUCAAGGACGGGAAGCCGGGGCGGCGCAUCGCUGCCUCGCAGGAGGCUGGGGCCGGCGCGCGCACAGAAACUCUGAACGGGAUCGCGAUUCCAGGGUGGGGUGGCUUGGUCAUUGCCUCGCCAGCCUCCACCGUUUUCUCAGACUCGGCCGUCACGCGUUUCUCCUCGGAAGAAAUGCGGCAGAUCUGCGGAGUCUGGGUUGCGCAGCUUCGCUCCUUCUUCUCCCUCCCGGAAACACUCGAAGACUACUUCUCUGGGGCGGCGGCGGAGCGGGCGGCAGACCACUGGCGCAUGCAUAUCGUCGCCUCUCCCGCCGAGAGACAGACGCUUCUCGCGCGCGCGCUGAAUCUGGAGAAACGGGAAGCGCGUCAAGUGGACGACGUCGUGAUGGUCUGGACACACCCGGGCGAGAAACAGGACGACACAGAAGACAAAGUCCUCGUCGUCGCGCAACACACCGACGCCGGCCUGGGGCUCUGGGAAGUUUGGCGCCUCGCCCGCCGGGUGUAUGUACAGCUCGUCGAAAGAGCCGUCAGCAACAUCCGCAGCCUCCAAACCAUCAUCGAAGAUCAAACGGAGCUCGCCGUCUACCCCCAUGUUGGAGAGGCCCUCCAGAGAGCACUGACUUUCAUUGACUGCAGUGCAGAAGCCCUUCAGGGCCAGAUUUGCUCGCAGCUCCCUGAAGACGUUCGUGAACAACUUCUGGCACCUGUGGCAGAGAAAAAUCGAAGUUCUCAGCCUCAGAAAGAUCGCCAUGUCCCCCCCGCGCGCUUCCUCGGACUCGCUCUUGCUCUCGCACGCGCAGCGUUCCAGGAUUCUCUGGAGGCCCUCCAGGAAGAGAGCGUAACCGGGCAGUCGCACUUUAGCUUCGAGUUCAAGUGUGCAAUUUACCUUCCCGUCGUUCUCCCGUUUUUCCUUCCCCUCUUCGUUGGCUUUAUCAAGGUCUUCAAACAGCGCAAGCUGCUGGAGAAGGCAGCAGCAGCUCUGUAG